CGCCACUCGCUUCUCAACACCCGUACCAGACGAGACAGAAGCAAGCGUGUUCAGGCGAGCGAGCUGGUGUUGGCUUGGCAUGAUAAGACUGACUCGUGAUACAGACGGUUCAGAAGGCAUGCGUGUGGGGGAAACGGGGGACUUAGAGAGGCGUGAAGUGUUCAAAGAUAAGGACACAGAGGAGGAGUAGGUGCGUUUUCAUGAGAGAGAACCGAGUGGAGUGCUAAAAGAAAGGAACGAAGGACCAUUUUCAUAAGUGCUUAAGAGGAAGGAGCGUUUUCAUAACAGACCGUUCAGUGUGGAGUGUCAGAAUUGAGAAGAAAGUGAAGUAUUUUAAGAGGAACAGAGACAGGUAAAAUAAAAGACAUCUGAGUUCAAAUAUAGAAGUGCUUAGAAGGAAGGAGCGUUUUCAUAACAGACCGUUCAGUGUGGCGUUCCAGAAUUGAGAAGAAAGUGGAGUAUAUGAAGAGAGAAACAGAGACAGAGAAAAGAAAAUACAUCUGAGUACAAACAUAGAGCGUGUUACAGAAAGAAAAAAGUGAGGUAGAAUAUAAUUGGGUAAAGAAACAUACAUACACUUAAUAUAUACACGGGCAUUAGAGAAGAGGAAGAAAGCACAAACAGAAAAAAAGAAUAUAGUUAGAAAGUGUUAUAAGAAGGCAAAACGUGAGAUAGAAAGCAAUUUACAUAAGAAGUGAAGGAAAAAGAACGGGCAUCAGAGGAAAGGGAAAGAGAAAGUACAAAUAUUAGAAAGAAAUACAGAAAAAGAAAGAAAAAUAAACAGAAUACAAUUAACGUAGGAAGACAGAAAUACAGAAAAAGAUAAACAAACAAACAGAAAACAAUCAACGUAGGAAGGAAAUAAAAAAAAAUAAAGCAAAUAAAAACUGGGAAAAAUAAGUGAUGACGGAAAUUAAAGAAAAAAAAACGAAGCAAUAAAUUAAUACAAGGAAGAUAAACGUGAUUCUAAGAGAGAGAAGAAUAUUAGGCAAGAGAAAGUUUAUAAACCCGCCUUCGAAGUGAGCCAAGGUGGAGUGCAUUCGAGUGGCGAGAAAUAUUCCCUUUGAAGCGUGAGAUAUUAAAUAGAAGAUAAUCGGUCUAGAAAAUAUUAAACGAAGUGGAAAAGUAAUAAAUAAGAAUAAAGGAAGAACUCUACAAAUAAGAAAGUUAGAAAAAUAUUGAGUAAGGAGAAACGAAGAAUACUGUUAAACUGAAAUAAAGGAGAGAUAUAACGAGAAAGAGGAAGAACAGAGAGAAAGAAGAAGAACAAGAAGAACAAGAAGAAGAAAUAACAGCGUUCAUCACUGACAGAAAAAAAUAAAAAUAAAAAAUUUGCCAACACAAAGCAUAAAGGAAAACAAGAAAAGGAAGAAAAAGGAAAUAAAAAAAGAAUCACCUAUCGACGUCAAAAAAAUAUUUACACAUACAAACAACAACAACAACAACAACAACAACAACAACAACAAUCUAACUCAACACCAACCCUAAAAAAAAAACAGGUACAAUCAAAUCAACAGACAAAAAAAUAAAGGUGUUCCGCUUUAAUCAGUCCACCCAGCUCACAGGUUGGACAGGUGAGUUAGUUAAGGGCAGGUGAGGAAGCGACGCACGUGGCCGAGAGAGCGAGAAAGAGAGAAAGAAACUAAGUGAAACCAUCUCAUCAAGGCUACACACACACACACACACACACACACACAUACACGGACCCUGCCUCCCCUCCCCUUCCGUUCACACCUAACCCCCCACACAAGGCCGGUUCUUCGCGCUCCUAACCUUGUAGGAACGUAAAGGAACAACAACAGCAACACAAAGGGAAGAAGAAGAAGCAUCGAAGUAACAGGAACAGCUACAGAAACGAGUGAGCAGCAGAAGCGCACCCAGUUAGUCAAGCCACAGAAACCUCAUCAACAUCAGAAGUGGGAAAAAGGCCAAGUAACAACCUAGCAACAGCAAAACCAACAGAAGUAAGAGAACAACAGCAACACAAGACUAGUAAACCAACUCCCUCACAGCAUCACAAACAGAAGGACCCGAUUGGCAACACGAGAAGGAACCACAACACAAAACAAAAGACUAACCAGACGACCAACACACUCACAGCAUUACCAACACAAAAAAAGACCCCCAGAGAACAACCUUACAACACACACAAACACAAACAAAAGACUAACCAACCAACAGAGUCAUAAACAGCAGAGGACCCAGCAUCCCGCCUAGCCAUGUUGUCCCUGCAGGAGCUUCGGGAGUCUCUGGAAGUCGCCGAACAUCUGGCCCGUCUUUCCCUUUCCUCCGGGGGUGACAGGUGCGACUCCGAGGCCCCAAAGACACCCCGACCCAAGCCCUACGUGCCCCCCAAACAGCUACUUCUCUACCUCGUCAGGAUGGGCAGCUUUACCUCCAAGCCUCAAGUACAGCAAGUCGAGUGUGCCGAAGACAAGGUGGGAGUGCCCGAAGGCGUGGCGGCGGGGAGGGCACUUCUGCAAUGGGUACGGGAGCCCAUUGCCCACCUGCCCCCGCUCCUCCCCCGUUUCUACCGCACGCCCCCGCCACCCCCAGUACGAAGGCCCUCCCAGUCACUUGUGCAGCCCCCCAUCUCGCCUAGUGGAGUGGUGGGUGCUGGUCCGAGUGCCCGCCCAUGCCCUGUACUGAUGCCCGCGCCCACGCCCCCGCCCGCCGCCCCGACCUCCUUCCGUGUGAUGCAGUGGAAUAUUUUAGCGCAAGCGCUGGGUACACACGCAGACAACUUCGCACAGUGUCCCCGCGAGGCUCUCAAGUGGGACACCCGCAAAUACCGCAUUCUGGAGGAGGUUCUCACGCACCUGCCCCACGUACUCUGCCUCCAGGAGGUUGACCACUUCACCUACUUGGAGACGGUGCUAUCGAGGCAAGGUUACCAGGGAGUGUUCAUGCCUAAGCCAGACUCGCCCUGCCUCUACCUGCCUAACAACAACGGGCCGGAUGGGUGCGCGGUCUUCUGGGAUGACGGCAAGUUCGAGCUGAUCAAGAAGGAGUCGAGGGUGGUGGAGGUGUGGCACGUGCAGAGUAAUCAGGUUGCCAUACUACUCGUGCUGGAGGAACGAGUGAGUGGCCAACGCUUAGUGGUCCUCACGACGCACUUGAAGGCUAGACAAGGCGCCCUCCUCGCGUCUCUCCGGAACGAGCAGGGGAAGGACCUCAUAUCUUUCCUCGACGAGCACAGAGGAGACGCCCCAACGGUGGUCUGCGGGGACUUUAACGCCGAGCCAACGGAGCCUGUCUACACCACCAUGACCGACCCCUCGACGCAGCUCAAAUCGGCUUACUCGAAUCUCCACGGAGGAUCAGAACCUGACUACUCCACUUGGAAGGUUCGCGGGGACGUGGACUGCUGCCAUAACAUCGACUACAUCUUCUACACGCCAGAGACCUUACGAGUGGACGGAGGCGUUGACGUGCCCACGGAGGAGGAUCUAGGGCCUGGUCGUGCCCCGUGCCUGGCCUACCCUUCAGACCACUUCUCCCUCAUCUGUGAUUUGUCCUUCGCCGAGGCCCACGCGCCGACCACCCGCCCCAAGGAGGAGAGCAGCCGAUAACGGUGUCUUUAGCCUACUGACGGCGUGGUUCAACUCGGAUGACGCGGUCUGGGUGUGAUCAAGUUCGGUCUACACGGGCUUUAACUCCAAGUACAUGUUGUUGAACUCGUUCUAGGCGUGGUUCAACUCGGGUUAUGCGGUUUGAGUUCAAUUUACGCGCUGUUUGACUCGAAUUAUGCGUAGCUGAGCCCGUUGUGUGCGUGGUUCAUCUCGGUUUACGCGAUCUAGGAGUGAGGCAGCUCGAUUUACGCGGUUUAACUCGAAUUACACGUAGUUGAGCUCGUUCUAUGCGUCUGGCGGCCACGCAACGCACGCCACUAACGCAUGGCCUGACACGGCGCCCCCACGUCACGUUCUGUAGCUGCCCAAAGGAGUGUUCAGACAGUUCCCGUUUUGCGCGAGUUCAAAUUACGCGUUUUUGAACGAACGCGAUGUAAGAAAUUCAACUUAUUUCCUUACUCUACGUGUUGUGCUUACAGUAACACGAACCAAACCACUGGACUUACUCACUGUUCAAAUUACGAUGAAUUCUAUAUACGAGGUCUCUUCCGAAAUUCAACACUCGCGUUAAACAAGAGCUCCCUGAAUUAUAGAGAGGCAGGAACACAUGCACGGCGCCACGAUGCACUUGGAUCCUAUAGCACAGCGUGUGUGAAUAGGAUCAGAUCUCAUAUCCCUGCUGAGAGAGAGGGUUCAAAUCUACCUCGUUGCAGGAUCGUGUAGGAGUGGAUCUUCUCUUUGAAACGCAAGGGAAUCGAGACCCACUGCAUAUGAUCGAAUCUCACUGCAAGAGCGUAGGGUUAGGUGUUAGAGGAUUGAAACCUAUUCACGGCAGAGUAAAAGAGGAUCAAGACACUCUAACCUCAAACCAAGACAAGAGGAUCAAAACCUGACUCACUGCCGAGGGAAAGGAAUCCAAACCUUUUGAUAGUGGAGUAUAGAGGGUUGAUACGUGCAUAUAGGCAGGCUAAAUGCAUUCCCUCGUCUAGAAUGGAAAGAGUGAAGCAUCGGAGAGGAAGAUGGACUUGAUAACGAGAAGAAAACUAAAAUGUUGAUGGAAAAAUAGGAAUGCAGAGAUGAAAAGAAGAAAAGGAAAAAAAUGAAGAAGCAGAAGAUAAUGAAAAGGAAAAAGGUGUAUAAAGGAAAGCGAUAAGAAGAAGAAUCAUAAGUACAAAAGAGGAGUACGAAGAAAAUAGUAAAUAUGUGACUUCAUUUCUUUACUUUUUUAUCUUAUACAUAUAAUUCUUGGUGACGUGUAUACAACAGGUUAUUACACAUACACAUAAAAGACUUUCCUUGAAGAUUACUUGUUAUUAUUUUUCUUACGCCGAAGGAGAAAUACCAAGGACGGAACUUAAUAGGAAAAAGACAAGAUUCUGCUCCAUACAAUCCAUAUAAAAAGAUAGACACUGUUCCCAAAGCAUAAUAACGGAGUGUUGAAGUCGUAGGAAGGUGGAAGUACAUUUAGACAUAAUGAUAAGGCUGCUCUAGUGUUUACCAGUGAGAGGGAUGAGAGAGUGGAGAUACUGGUCGCCUCUUGCAUUAGGAUGGUGACAAGUUACUUUUAAUGUUAUAAGUACAAGAGAUUAUUGUGAGAAAGAGUACAUUAGAAAAAAUAAAUUAAAGAAAAAAAAUGUGAAUAUAUUUGUUGUUAUUGUUUUUAUUGUUGUUACGAGUGAACCAAAUGAAUCAUGAGAGAGAGAGAGAGAGAGAGAGAGAGAGAGAGAUUAAGGAAACCGAAAGUGAAGAAUAUUUUUGUGGUCUUAUUUAUUAUUAGUAUUAUUUUUUAUUAUUUCCUUCAGUAUAGAUGCAAUAUUUUUUCUUGAGGUAAAUUAUUGAAAAAAAAAAUGUAUUACGCAUUUCUAUUUUGUCGAUUGAAACCUAUCAAGUGAAGCAAUACCCUUGUUUUAUUAUUAUUAUUAUUAUUUAUUUUUUUUUCAUUUUAUUAUCAUUAUUAUUUUGAUGUUGGUUGGUCAGUAGUAAGGGCAAGUUUUUUUUUUUUUUUUUUUUUUUAACUUGAUUUUAACUUUAUUUCAACUUGGGCAUUGCCUUGUUUUUUUUACUUGAAUUUCAACUUUAUUUUAACUUUAUUUCAACUUGAGUAUUGACUUAUUUUUAACUUGAAUUUUAAAUUGAUUUUAACUAUUUCAACUUGGGUACUAACUUAUUUAUAACUUGAAUUUUAACUUGAUUUUAACUUUAUCUCAACUUGGCUAUUAACUUAUUUUAUUUAUUUGAACUUGGUUGGUUAAUAAGAGAUACGAGUUUUUAUAAUAUCUUUUUACUCUUUAUUUCAUCUUAUUCUAACUCGGGUCUAUAGUGUCUGCGGGUAGGUCACUAAUUCAAGUAAUCAUCGCAAAGUUGUGAUCACGUCCUUUUGAGCUUGUUGAAUGGCAGAAUCGAGUACAAUCAUUACAGAAGUUGUGAGAUCAUAUGUUACAAGGUGCUGGAAACAUGAGAGAGAGAGAGAGAGAGAGAGAGAGAGAUUAUUUGAUACAUUUAUAUUUUCUUCAUUCUGUUUCUUUGAGUGACUUUUAUGUGUGUGUAUGUAUGAGUAUGUAUGUAUAUUUUUGUAAAGCAUUUGAUUGGACGAGUUUGGCAGCAGACUAUGUUUUUAUUCAUAUGUAUAUUUUCUGUAUUGUAUUUUAUGUAACAUGUAUUAUUUUCUCGUAAAACAAAAGACUGAUGGCAUAAUGAUUCCUUAUUUGUUUGUUUCUUUUGCCGUCUACUUUAUCAUCAUCAUCAUCAUCAUUGUCAGCCUACAUCAUUCCAGUCUACCCCCAAAUAUUGUCUUUCGUUAAAUUCUAUCUUGUGUCCUUGUUUCCAGACUUCAAUAUAAACUUUUCAUCUAUUUCUCAGCAUCAUCAGAGUGUCUAUUACAAGCAGCUUUCCUUCCCUUAGCUCUUCCUAUAUGGCAAGUUCUUCCUUCAAACGUUUCCACUCGUAUUUCUGCCUUUGUCAUCAACGUUUCUUAUACUUCUUAGCAUCACUACAAGUCCGCAACGUCUAUAAUAGCCAUCCUUCUAUUGGCUUUUCCUAUGCUAAGAAGAAAAUAUAGAAAAUGAAAGGCGUAAAAGUACAGAAAAGGAAAAAAGAUGGAAAGAUUGAAAAGCAAAUAAAGAAAAUAAAAAGAAAAGGUACAGAGAAGAAGUAAAUAAAAGACGAUAGGAAUGAAAAGCAAAAAA